CUAAGCUUCGCGGACAGCUCUUGCAUUCCUGCUCAUCUUUUGAAUUGUUUAUUUGUGAACGAGCUAAACAUUGAAUGGUUUUCUUGUUAAUCAGCUCUUUUCCCUCUCAUUAAUUAAAAUUGUUGUUUUUAAUAAUGUGCCAAUAUUAACAUUUAAAAUUGAACAACAUAACAUGAAAUCUCAACUCUUUUUACCCAAAAAUGACGGAUUCCUUUUGUGUUCUUUUUAUUCCAUGGUUGUUGUUUUAGCUUUUGUUUGUUUAGGUUUAACGCUGUACCUAUGAAAUUGGUUAUUUUUCACUGUUAUUGAAUUGUAUUCAGCUAUUGUUGACAGUGUUUUUUAUUGACUUGAUUUCUUUACCAUUUAUCAUCAUAAUGUUGGACGUAGUCAAUAUUUGGAUUGAUCAACGAGAAGUCAAUAUGUAUAUGCCAAACAAAAAUACCUCUUCGAAGAGUUCAGUGAAGCGUCGUCGAUAUUUGGACUCGAAAAUCAAUGCCGAUAAAAUUUGUAAUAUUAAUGGAAGCAACAAUUCUGAUGAACCAUCAUGUAAAGCAAGUGAAUCAUCAGACCCUAUUACAAGCUCAACAUUCUUAACGCAACGAAUCAAGUUUGACUCUGAUGAUUGGUUAAAUAAUAAUGGAAAUCAAGACCAGGCAAAAGUUAAUCAAGAAGCUGAUAUAAGCAAUGAGAGCUCAAAGUUGAACCGAAUUGAUUUGAUUACAAGCGUUUCUUCAACAUCUUCAGCUUCAACCUCAUCAUCGGAUAAAGAAAGUAACGAGAAUUUUGAUCAUCAUGGAUCAGAAAGCAUUGAGGAAGAUGAAGGGGCAACCGAUGCAACAGAUGAAACAGAUGAAAUUAUUGAAGAUAAUUUGGUUGUUGAUUAUGAAGACAUGGAUCCAUAUCAGUUUAUUAAAAGUUUACCUCCAUUGACACCCGAGAUGAUUUGUCGUUACCCUGCUUUGCCAUUGAAAACUCGGAGUGCACCCGAGUUCAGCUUGGUUCUUGAUCUUGACGAAACUUUGGUCCAUUGUAGUUUAACUGAAUUAAAUGACGCUUGUUUCACCUUUCCAGUUAACUUCCAAGACAAUGAAUACAAAGUGUACGUUCGAACCAGGCCUCAUUUUCGUCAGUUCCUUGAACAAGUUUCCAAAAUUUUCGAAGUCAUUUUAUUUACCGCUUCUAAGCGAGUUUAUGCAGACAAACUUGUAAAUAUUUUAGAUCCUGAGAGAAAGUAUAUAAGGCAUCGUCUUUUCCGUGAACACUGUAUCUGUAUUAGUGGCAAUUAUAUUAAAGAUCUGAACAUACUUCGCCGCGAUCUAUCCAAAACUAUAAUUAUUGACAACUCGCUCCAAGCAUUUGGCUAUCAGCUUGAAAAUGGUAUCCCAAUCAAGAGUUGGUUUGACGAUAAAAGUGACUGCGAGCUUUUAAAUUUACUGCCAUUCCUAAAGCAACUUGUUGAAUCAAAAGACGACGUAAGACCAGUAAUUUCUAGCCGUUUUCAUUUACCAAUAACAAAAGGAGGAAAUAUUAAGACUGCUGCCAGUGUAAUUGUCAACUAAAUCAUUGCAAAUCAAGUGAAAUCUGUCUUCGGGUUCAAGCAGGCAAAACUGUUUCAACAUUUGAAUUUCACGGAAAACCCAAUUACUUGAAAUGUGUUGGAGCAAGGAAGCUAUAUUUCAUUGUAAUAUUUAUUGAUCUCAAAAGCAUUCCAUCUCUACACUUGAUCUCAUUUUCAGCCCAUUAUUGCAAACACCACAUUAUUAUUACUUUAAUUAUUGCCAUUAUUCAAAUUGAUACAUGUUAUCAUUAAUCUUUUUUGUUGAUUCUUUGUUAGCUAGUUACCUUGUUUAAAUUGAAAACCUUUUACUCAAAAACAUUUACAAAAUAAAUUCUCUAUCGAAACA